ACUGCUCGGCUGUGCACACCCGCCAGGCCCUCUGUUGCAAGAUGUCCGUGGAAUACGAUAAGUUCAUCGAGUCAGGCCGCAAGUGGUUCUGCCACGUGGAUGAUGACAACUACGUGAACCCUGGCGCGCUGCUGCGGCUGCUGGCCUCCUUCUCACCCAGCCGGGACAUCUACCUGGGGCGGCCCAGCCUGGACCACCCCAUUGAGGCCACCGAGAGGGCCCCAGGGGGCGGCACUGUGACCACAGUCAAGUUCUGGUUUGCCACGGGUGGGGCCGGCUUCUGCCUGAGCAGAGGCCUCGCUCUCAAGAUGAGCCCGUGGGCAAGCCUGGGCAGCUUCAUGAGCACGGCCGAGAGGGUGCGGCUGCCGGAUGACUGCACCGUGGGCUAUAUCGUCGAGGGGCUGCUGGGCGCGCGCCUGUUGCACUGCCCGCUCUUCCACUCGCACCUGGAGAACCUGCCACGGUUGCCGCCCGACUCUGUGCUCCAGCAGGUCACGUUGAGUUACGGGGGUCCGGAGAACCCUAAUAACGUGGUGAAUGUGGCUGGAGGCUUCAGUCCGCAGCAGGACCCCACGCGGUUCCAGUCCCUGCACUGUCUCCUCUACCCAGACACAGCCUGGUGCCCCCCACAGAAGCAGGGCUGAACACCACCUGACGGGGCUCUGCCUGCCCAGUGACAGGCCGGUGAUGCCCCAGCCAGUGGGCCAGAGCUCAGUGGCUGGGCUGGCAAGAAGGCAUCACGCAUGCCUAGAGUGAGCAGAGUCACCCCAGGAGUGAGUAGCAUCACCGGCCCUGGGGUGCCCCAGCCCAUCCUGCCACCAGGGGGCUCAGCACCCGGCUCAUCUGUGGUUCAGGCAUCCGCAGCCUGCAGGGAUGGUAGCAGGCUGAGACCUGGGGCAUGCUCCUCACAUGGCUCCCACCCCUGUCCCAUCUUCCCAGCCUCAGGGAGACCACCUGCCCUGUGACUGGCUGCUGCAGGACAGGGGGCCGCCCACUCCACCCCUGCUGCCUAGAUUACUGCCCAAUAAACUCUCUUUGGGCUCA